UGAUUGUUUAUUUGCUUACAAUUUAUUUCAUUAAUUGAUUAUUACGUGAUUGGCAUUGGUAUAUUUUGAUCAACUCAACUAUUAAAAAAGGUCUGUGCAUUUAGAACACAAUUUAAUACAAAAUUUUGCACAAACUGUAAAUGACAACCUUCUGGUUGAUUUGAACCAUUUGAAAGCAACUAUAACAUAAACAUUAACUUUCAAUGUAAUGAGCGCAUUUUGGUAUAAUUUUCAAAUUUUUAUUAACUUUAUUUCGAUCUGUUUUUGCUGAAAUAUUCUUAAAAAGUUUAUUAUUGAUUUCAAACAACACAUUUUAUAAUUUAAUCAUUUGAAUGAACUCAGAUGGAAAUUUUAUCUACAUGCAAAAUUGAUUCAAUUGUUGAAUAGAAGGUAAACUUGAAUAUUGACACUAUUUUUCAAAUUUAAUUAUGACUUUUGAGUGAUAAACUCAAAUCAUCAUGAAAAUAUAUAAAAAUUGAUGGAAUAUUGAAUUUAAUAUUAAUUGUAAGCACUUCGGUUAUCGAUCAAAAUUGAAAAAUCAACCAACUACUCAAUCUCGACGAAUUGUCUUUCGAUUCCAUCUUUCAUUUGCCAUCAUUUUUACUAUCAGUAAGUUAUUCAGAAUAACUUAUGUUGCAAAUUGAGUUAACAAAAAAUGAAGUUAACUUGGAAGUUUGACUUCAAAUCCUUUAUUUUCAACGAUUUAUUAGCUUUACCAGUUUCAAAUCAAGACAACGAAACAAUCAAAUCACUGGUUGAAUUAGAAAAACUUUCAUAUUUAUGUUUAAUCACUCAAUAUGGACAAACCCAACAAAUUGAUAAACCCGUCUCAAUCAAACUAAAAUUUGCUCAUUUUAUGGUUCGAGUCUUGAACUUGACUUUCAUUCUUCGUUUGAUAUGUUUUCUAACGAUGACCGAUAAAACUAUGCAAACGAUUGUUGCCGAUCCUGUGAUUAACACUCCUAAUCGUGAAAUCCUGAUUGUGUUGCAACUAUUCAUUGUAAUUGUGAUGUUGGUUGUCCGUGAAUAUAUAUUGUAUCUCGAAAAUAAUCGUAAAUUUUUAAUACUUCGUAAACUGUAUCACAUUCGCAAAAAUGGUUUCUCAUCUGAUUACCUCAACCUAACUGAACGUCAGUUCAUGUUUUUCAAGCGAAACUUACAUUUCAUUCUAAUUAACUCAUUAAGAUUCUCUAAAUUAACCAUUGUUCUGUUGCCCUUUUUUGGCACUGGAGUUAGACUUAACAAUCCUGAUUCACUUGCAACCAAUUCAUUGAUCAUAUCAGCCUGUUUCUGGUCAAUCACAGAAGGGUUAACAUUCAUCUUCUUAUAUUCAGGAGGCAUCCUUACAGUCACAUAUAUUUUCAUCUUAAUGUUGUUAUACUUUUGCCAAUUGAGAAGUCUCGUUGAAUCCACUCAAAAUAAAAUUAAAUGUUUAACUGAUCAAAACAACCAACUGGGAGUUGCUAUAACUCUAAAGUCUCUUAAUUAUCAGAGUACAUCAUUUUUGAACCAAUUUGACCAGUUAAAUAGCGACUUUAAAUAUCUUUGGCUCAACAAUGUUAUAGUCUUUUCAUUCUUGGCAGAUUCCUUCAUUUUUUUCGGUGCGAUUGUUCACAUUAAUUCAGACUAUUUAUCUGAUGUGCUCACCUAUGUAGGAUUUUUUGUCCUCUUCAUGUGUGCUGUUGGAGGCUAUGCUGGUGGAGUAUUUCAUCAGAAGUUGAUGUACCUUCACAUUCAUUAUGUUAGACUUUUAACCUUUUCAUCAGCACAUAUUCAAGACAGUUUCAAGGUAAGAAUUUCAGUAUUCACGAUCAACUAAUUAAUCUAUAUUGAUGAUAAUUUCAUAGGCAUUGGAAAUAGUUGAUCGCAUAAUGCAUCCUGAUACUGGUGCAUCGGUCGGGGAUUUCACAGUCCUUAAGCGUGAGUUUAUUGUCUAUGUAAGUAACUGCCUGUGAUGAGAGUCUUUAAUCGCAAGAUCAAACAGCUAAAUAAUUUUCACUCAAUUCAAUUCAUUUUCAUUCCACGCACAAAUUUCAAGUUAACAACAACAGUUGAUAUUUUUGUCUGCUUUCGAACUCAAGUUUUUCAUUCCGAACUUUACUAGUUGUCGAUAUACCUUUUCCCAAUUCAAUGGUAAAAUGAUUAACACUGAUUGUUCUUCUUUUUAAGUAUAUUCUGGAAAAUGCAAGUACUAUUAUGCUAUUAUCAUGCGAUGUUAGGUCGGCUAUUUCAAUAUAAACUCUGAAGUCUAUCGAUUUCUUGGCCUUUUAAUCAUCCACUUGAACUAUUUAAGCACCUUCGUAAUUUGGCUGGUGAAUAUAAUUUUGGUUAAACGAUAAAUUCUCAUUUGCAUCUGUAAGCUAUCAUUUGAUGGACACAAAUAAGCCUUUGAAAGUCAAACCUGCAUUAUUUGACAUGAUGAGUGAAUAUUUUGCAGUCUUAACAAUCCAUCAUUCAAGAUAGAUUCCCAAUCAAUUGAAUAUCUUAUGCUCUGAAUUGCUGUCAAUUCUUCAACUAUCAACUUUAUUGAUUAUAACCAGACUGUGAUCAACUCGAUUGUAAAUUGCUUUGCUGAGUACAUUUUGUGUCUAACUUUGUGAAUAAAAGAUGAGAUUGAAUAUAAA